GACCCUUACCUUCCACAACCAAUCUUUUUAUUUCUUUAAUGGGUUCUCUUCUGGUUGUUUGAAAAUAAAAAAUCGAAUAAAAUAAAGUUCAGAAUUCCCGGGGAGGGAGGCCCGAGGGCUUCAACUCCUAUAAGUUGAAAGUCCCACCAUGAGGUGACAAUAGCAAGCUGUCCUGAAAAAAGCUACCUAACAGAACCUACUUCUCCAGGAAGAAGCCAUGGAUUCCAAGAAGUCUAACAAGAUUAGAGACAUUGUUAGGCUUCAACAGAUCCUGAAGAAGUGGAGGAAGCUUGCAAGUUCAUCAAAAACCAGUGCAGUUUCUACCACCACCAGCAGUAAGAGCAUGAAGUUUCUCAAGAGAACACUCUCUAUAUCAGAUAACUCUGCCAAGGAAACCUCGAGCAAUGCCGUCCCAAAGGGCUACCUGGCUGUCGGCGUUGGAGAAGAGCAAAAGAGAUUCAUAAUUCCAACAGAUUAUUUGAGCCACCCUGCAUUCCUCGUCUUAUUGAGAGAAGCAGAAGAGGAAUUUGGGUUUCAACAGGCAGGUGUCUUAAGGAUUCCUUGUGAAGUCGCCGUCUUUGAGAGUAUCCUGAAACUGGUGGAGGAAAAGAAAGACCUGUUCUUCAUGCAAGAAUGCAGGCUUGACGUUGAUAAUAUCGCGGUGUAUUGCUCGUCGAAAAGCCAGCAAACUCCAUCUCACCAUCCUCAAAGUCCAAUGUGCAGAUAGUUUUUUUUGUUCCUAUCAUCCUUGUUAACCUCAUUUCACUUUUUUCUUGUAGUUGGAUGAGGCCAUGUAAGAGAGAUCUAGUGAGUUUAAUAAGUUGCUUUGAAUUGUAAGAGAACAUUUUAAGAAUCAAUGAAAGAACAUAAAGAACUUUGAAUUCAUGUUAUUGAA